AUGCUUCGACGAAAACCUACAGCCAUCGCAGUCACGUCUGAAGACGUCGCUGCAUUUGAGGAAGCGCGACUUCGCAAGCUGGCCGAAGAAAACAAGCAGCCUGAGCAUGCUAAGGGUACUUCGACGGUCGGUUUUGACCCAAGCGACGAACUAAAGCCUCUGCCAGGCGACAAGGCGAGGAUUGUGCGAUCCCGCGAGGAAAGAAUCGGCAUUGGUCGGCGUGGUUGA